AUGGAUGAGGGGAUCUAUAUUAAAUAAGUGAUUGUAAACGAUUUGUUUGAAUUUUCUGAUUAGUAAUGGAAUAACUAUGGUAAUUAGGAUAUUAUCAUCGAAUGUAAAAGAUGAGUCCAUAGAGCACUUGUAUAAUUCCAUUAUCCAGCAUUAAUCGAAAGAUGGAUAGGGGGAAUAUGAAGAAAAGGAGGCUUCAAAGAGGAAAUUCAACGAUCCCAAGUAGUAUUAUUGAUGUUUUGAGGAUGUUAUUAGAUUUUCCUACUCUGAGGACAAACGGAUCUUAGAAUUGGUUCAAUAAAUGGGUCCAAAUUUUAAUAGCAUUGUAAAAUAUUUUCCAGGGAAGACGAUGAAUAUGAUAAAGAAUAGAUACUACAAAAAGUUAAGGUACAUAAAGGAGGACUAUUUGAAUGAGAAGGAGAAGGUGAGAGGGGUUCGCAAAUAGAGAAAGGCAAACUGA